UAUGAAAUGUGUGAGGGAAGAGGAGUUUCCUGUUGACCAGUUCGGUUCAGUUCGGUGUAAUUUCAGCGGGUUUCUGUGGAUCAUGGCAGGACGGAACCGGGUGGUUCAGCUGCUCCGGCGGCUCGAGGCCGUGACGUGCAGAUGUCCAGCUCACAGCAGCACCUUCCAGCAAGCUGCUUCCUCUGUCCAUUCUACAGACUACGCUUUUGAGAUGGCAAGUUCCAACUUACGAUACGGAGAAGGAGUCAGCAGAGAGAUCGGCAUGGACCUCCAGAACCUUGGAGCCCGGAGCGUCUGCGUGAUGACAGACAGGAACUUGUCCCGUCUGCCUCCAGUGGAAGUUGUCCUGGAAUCACUGGAGCAGAGCGGAGUCGGGUUCAGCGUGUACGACAGCGUGCGGGUAGAGCCAACCGACACCAGUUUUAAACACGCCAUCUCAUUUGCCAAGAGCGAAUCAUUCGAUGCGUUUGUGGCUGUGGGGGGCGGCUCCGUCAUUGACACCUGCAAAGCAGCAAACCUGUACGCCUGCCACCCCGAUGCCGACUUCUUGGACUUUGUCAACGCUCCGAUCGGACUGGGGAAGCCGGUCAGCAGGGUUCUGAAGCCACUCAUUGCAGUUCCUACGACAGCUGGAACCGGCAGCGAGACCACCGGCGUUGCCAUCUUUGACUUUGAGCCUCUUAAAGCAAAAACAGGUAUUGCCAGCAGAGCCCUCAGACCCGUACUGGGCAUCGUGGACCCCAAGCACACACUGAGCAUGCCUGAGAGAGUCGCCGCCAACAGUGGCUUCGACGUGCUCUGUCACGCUCUGGAGUCGUACACCGCUUUGCCCUACAACCAGAGGAGGCCCCGUCCCCUCAACCCCCUCCACCGCCCCGCCUAUCAGGGCAGCAACCCCAUCAGCGACGUGUGGUCCCGCCAGGCCUUGCACGUGGUCGCCAAGUACAUGAAACGGGCUGUGCGGGAUCCAGACGACCUAGAGGCCCGGUCUAACAUGCACCUGGCGAGCGUGUUUGCUGGUAUCGGCUUUGGAAAUGCUGGAGUUCAUCUGUGUCACGGGAUGUCGUAUCCUAUCUCUGGAAAUGUGAAGACACACUCAGCCAAGGGCUACAGCGUGGAGCACCCCCUGCUGCCUCACGGUCUCUCAGUCAUCCUCACAUCCCCAGCCGUCUUCAACUUCACUGCUCCGAUAUGUCCAGAGCGCCACCUGGAGGCUGCAGAGAUCCUCGGUGCAGAUACCCGGCGGGUAAAAAGGGAGGACGCUGGACCGGUUCUGGCCAACACACUGCGGCAGUUCCUGUUCGAGCUGCAGGUGGAUGACGGACUGGGAGCUGUGGGAUUCAGCAAAGAUGACAUCCCCACACUGGUAAAGGGAACCAUCCCCCAGGAGCGAGUGACCAAACUGUCCCCCCGGCAGCACACGGAGGACGACCUGGCCCAACUGUUCGAGGCCUCCAUGAAGCUCUACUGAGGCUGCUCCUUCAUUCACCCAAUGAUGAGUUACAGCUGCUGUUUGCUGUUUGGUCCUGUCUUCAUAUAAACGGCUUAAACUGGA